AUGAUCUUAAGUGAUAAAGGAAUUAGAGAAAGUAUUUCUUUAUUUUUGCGGCCAACAGAAAGUCUAUAUUCUUUUUUUGAAGUAUCGGCUUAUAUUAAAGAAAAAAAUAGUAUAUUUAAUAGAUCAUAUGUUGCAAUUAUUAGACAUAAUGCAGAUUCUCUUAGUGGGUAUAUAGAAUCUGCAUUAUUUUUAUUUUGUGUGAAAAAACCUAUGAUAUUUGUUAUAUUAAAGGUUAUUGAAAUAACAAAAGGGUUGGAGAUAAAAAUUAAACAAAAAGAUGAAAAAAGAAGUGAAUUCAUGAUAGAAGCUUCUUUUAAUAACAAGGAAUUAUUAUUUUCAUUUUCAAAAAAAAAUAUUUUAUACGAAUUUAUUAGAGAUACUCAUAAACAUAUACAGAUAUUAGACAAUAAAAGGCUAUAUAUUACAAAUCAGAACUUUGCUUGGCUUUCAUUUUAUAAAUCUUAUGCACCAAAUGGCGAUGAAAUGUUGUCUUUAUAUGAUGAUGAUUUUUCCGAUUCUUUAAUAUCUUUGAAUGAUUAUAAUAAAUCAUAUUUUUCAAAAAAAAUUCAUUCCUAUAUUUAUAAAGCAAAGAAUUAUAAAAAAUUUAUGAAUACUAGUGAAGAAUAUUGGGUUUAUGAGAGAUUAAGUCUUCAAAGAUCAAGUUUUAUUGAGUCUCGUGAUCUGAGAAUAAAAAUUUGUACCUGGAAUGUUAAUGGAAAAGGUCCAAUAGAAGAUCUUUCUGAAUGGUUAUUGUAUAAGGUUUGUGACCAAUGUGUAGAAUUAUAUGCAAUAGGACUUCAAGAAGUCGAUCUUAGUACUGAAGCAUAUUUACGUAAUGAUAACACAAAGGAAAACUUGUGGGAUAAAGCUAUUAUAUCAGUAUUAGGGGAUCAUUAUGAGAAGAUCGUUUCCAAACAACUUGUAGGAAUUUUAUUGUUCAUAUACGCUCAUAAAAUUAUUUCACCCUCUUUAACUUCAGUAAUGACAUCUUUCGUUGGUUGUGGAAUAAUGGGAAUUAUGGGCAAUAAAGGAGCAGUAGCGGUUCGUCUUACAAUAUGGGAUACAGUAUUUUGUUUUGUUAAUUCUCAUUUGGCGGCAAUGAAAUCUCAAGUUGAACGUAGAAAUCAAGAUUUUCAUGAGAUUUGUCGUCGAUUACAGUUUUAUGAUGAGGAUAUGUCCAAAAAUAAAAAGUCAAAAUCUCUUUUUGAUUGUGAUCAUCUCAUUUGGUGUGGAGAUUUAAAUUAUCGUAUUGAUAUGUCUAUUUUUAGUGUAAAGGAACUUUUGGAGAAGAACGAGUUUGAUUUUUUGCUGGAAUUUGAUCAGCUUAAUAUUCAAAAACGUUCAAAUCGUUGUUUUGAAGGUUUUAAUGAAGAAGAAAUCAAAUUUCCUCCAACUUUCAAAUAUAAAAUAGGAAGUAGUUGGUUUGAUUCAAGUGAAAAAAUGCGUGUACCAUCAUGGACUGAUCGUAUAUUAUGGAAAAGUAAUGGAAUCUCAGUAAAGAAUUAUAGAUCUUAUAUGAAUAAUGUUAUGAGUGAUCAUAAGCCUGUUAGUGUGGAAUUAGAUGCUAAGAUUGAAAUAUUACUUGUAAAUAAUUAUUUGAAAUUAAAAGAUUUGUUAACUAAAGAGUAUCAAAAUUCUGAGAAUAAAAGAAUUCCAAUGGUUAAUAUUUCACUUAAUUUUUUGGAUUUUAAAGAUGUCGUUUAUCUUGAACCAAAAACAAAAGUUAUUAAAAUUGAUAAUAUUGGUCAGGUAACUGCAGAGUUUGAGUUUAUCCCUAAAAGAAAUGAUAAACAUAUAUGCAAACCAUGGAUAUGGCCAUGUCCACGUUCCGGAAUCAUUAAUCCUGGUAAUUCAUGUUAUAUUAAUUUAACCGUAUUCAUAGAUAAUAUAUCUGUUUCAAAACUUAAUUCUGGAGAAGAUUCUCUGGAAGAUAUUUUAAUACUUCAUUUAAAAAAUGGUGCUGAUUUCUUUAUUUUAAUUCAGGGUGUAUUUUCACCCACUUGUUUUGGAAUGAGUUUGGAACAGCUUUCAAGAUUAAAUGAUUCCCAAGCUCUUCCUAUUGAUAAAUCUGUUACCAAUGCUUGGAGUAUUCCUAAGGAAAUUCUACGAAUGACUGAAUAUCUUUUAAAUAAUGGGAAAAAUGUUGAUGAUUUAUUUUUUACCUUUGGUUCUGCUCCAAUAAUGGCACAUAUUAGAGACGCACUUAAUACUCAAAAUGAAUUUAAAGAUUCCAUUCUUGAAAAUAAAUCAAAACACAAUUUGAAUGUCAUUUCCAUGGCCGAAACACUAUUAUUAUUUCUGGAUGCUCUUCCAAAUUCUGUCAUUCCAAUUUCUUUUUAUAAUCGAUGUUUACGAGCUUCAUUUUAUAAAAAAGAUUCCAUAAUGAUACUUGAUAUUUUACCAAGUUUAAAUGCAAAUUUAUUCAUAUACAUGGUUAGCUUCAUGCGAGACCUUUCUUCAAAUUUUUCUUUGGAUUCUUUUCAAAGAAUAUUACUCAUUUUUUCUUCAAUUCUUAUGAGGUCUUCUUCUGACAAAACUGAACAGGAUCUACAAAGACAAGUCGCCUUUUUAAAAUGGUUUCUUACUGAUUUUUCUUGA